GUGAGUUAUUCAGUGAACCUGUUCCAAAACGCUCCUCAACCGUGCAAAAAGAGUUGGAAGUGUAUUUUCUUGUUUAAAACAACUUUGAAUAUUUUACUGAUUUGUUCAAAAAAAAAAAAGAGAGAGAAAUGGCUACCGAAAAACAAACCCAGUACAAGACCAUGUAUUGCAGGAUCGAAGCCAUUAAAGAACAGCUAUAUGCUGCAGAACUCCGAAUUUACGAGGUCAGCACUGAGCUCCACAGUCCUGAUUAUAUGGAGGACAAAUAUUUCAUAAUGAGGGCGGAGGAAGUGAAUGCAAGAGCAAAAUGUGUUUCUCUUCAAAAGGAAAUAAGCAAACUCUUGGACGUAGCCCAAAAUCAUAUAUCUAAUGCUGAAAUAAGAAGGAAGAACAGAAAAGCUGUUGAAGCGUCUCAGGAAACAGUCAAAGACAACAGCGGGCCAGAUGUUUAUGUUACCAUUAAAGAAGAAAAUGAAAUUGUCACACAAGAGCAUGUGGCCCUCAAGAAGGAAUUUCAAGAUCUGCAGGCAUCAGUUAGAAAUAAAGCCGCCUUAGAGAAGAACUGUGAGGCGCUAAAAAAAUAUACAGAAGAGAUGAAGGCACAAAACAGUGCACUGCAACAGCAAAUCCAGAGACUGAAGGAGGAACGCGAACAAAUAAGUGAUUUGGUUCAGGUCUACGAGUCUGAAAAACAACAACAUGUUGCUGUUAAAAGGGAAAAUCAGAAGUUGACGAAAGACAUCGAGAAGAUGCAGACAGACGUUCUACAGGCCAGAUCAUCCCUCAAAGAAACUUACAAAAAUAACCGUGAUGUCAGGAAACUGUUCUCUGAAAAUGGAGAAAAACUGGUACAAAUGAGCCAACUGAAAAAAGAAAACAAGGAAUUAAAAGCUCAAAUAAGUGAGCUAAAUGAUCGUGUAGAAAUGAGAAAAGCUUUAAGAAAACUAGAAAAGGAAGAAAAAGCCCUCCAGGGGCACAAAAAAAGUCUUUUUAAAAGGCGUGCUGAUGUCUCCAAACAGGUGUUUACCGAAGAAGACUGGAGGGAAAAAUAUAACAUACUAAAGGAACAGGUAGAAGUCUUAAAGAAAGAAAAUAACGAGAUAACUACAGAAAUUGAAAGACUGAAUGGAGAAAUAGACAGUCGAAAGGCUAUUAAGGCAAAUUAUAAGGCUCUGAAAGCAGAGAAAAAGUCUCUUACCAGCCAAGGUACCACUCUGCAGAAAGAGCUUGAGGGGCUGCGGUCAAAGCUGGUUAAGGAACAGGCUUUGCGUCAGCAGAAUAGUGAACUUAGAGCAGAGAUCGACAGCCUCGCGAUUUCAACUCCUGCUCUCCAAGCUGAAAUUGCAGAGCUCCGGAAAAACCUCCAAGGGGAAAGAGUUUUUAACCUUGAGUACAAUUCCCUGAAAAUGGAAAAAAAGAGCAUUACUGAGCUCAACAAGGUCCUGCAAAAAGAAGUGGAUAAACUAAAAGAGAAAAUGAGAAAGGAAAAGGCUCUGCAAGAGAAAGUCGCAGCAAUGAGAGCGAAAAAAGAGAAUGUAUGCAGACAACGAGACGCUCAAAAAACAGAACUCAGCGAUUUCACAGACUCAACAAGCUCAAACUUUGAAAGCUCAGACACAGAAAGCACCGGAUUGUCAGUUUGGUCAAGAUGGUUUAAAUUUUAAACUUCAUACAAGAAGGUUAGCAUGUGAGUCCACUGUGUGAAGUCUGACUUUAUGGUGUUGAACUGGCUUUACUCCAGGGGCCUUAUUUCAGCAUGGAUCUCAAAAAUAAUAUUAAACUGGCACUUUAUCCAAAUUACAGUUAAACAAAACCCAACCAGUCCUGGCAGAUGGCUGCCCCUAGAUGAGCCUGGUUCUGCCGGAGGUUUCUUCCUGCUACAAGGGAGUUUUUCCUCCCCACUGUCGCCAAAGUGCUUGCUCACAGGGGAUCAUUUGAU